AUGUGUGCACAGCUUAGCAUCAGUGAUGAUGGAAGUUUAUUGGCUGAAUUAAAAGUUAAACCAGUGAUGUUUAAUCGGAUCAAGUCAGAAGAAUUAGAAUAUAACAAGUUGAUGAAGAAAAGAGAAAUGGUUCAGAAUGGCAUGAUAGAGAAUUUCAACAUUGAUGAUCAUGGUUGUUUGAGAUUUCAUAAUCGGAUUUGUGUACCAGAUGUUUUAGAACUGAAAGAAUUGAUACUUCAUGAAGCACAUGAUAGUCCUUUUGUAUUACAUCCAGGAGGAACGAAAAUGUAUCGUAAUCUACGGGAAUCUUAUUGGUGGCCAGGAUUACCGUUGUCAGCAAGUAAGAAAAAUGUUAUUUGGGUAACUGUUGAUUGGCUUACAAAAUCAGCUCAUUUCAUAGCAGUUUGA